CAACAGUUUUUCAUGGCCAAGAACAAAAGCACUCUCACUAUCCAAAAUUUCCAUCAAAUGGCAAGUUUGGUAUCUAUCAAAUUAUCAAGUACCAAUUUCUUGCUGUGGAAAUCUCAAGCUUACCCACUGAUUCGAAAUGCUCAGCUUCUCCAUCAUUUGGAAGAAGAAGCACCAGUGCAGACUAUCAUCAAGGACGGCAAUGAAAUGGGUAAUCCAGAAUAUGAUGUUUGGUUAAGUAAUGAUGGAUUGCUUACUAGUUGGAUACUUGGAACCAUGAAUGAAGAAUCACUUAGUUUGGUCGUUGGCUGUGAAUCAGCUCUACAAAUUUGGAGGUGCCUUGAAGAGCAUUAUCUGGCGUCUUCAAAAGAAAGUGAAUUGCAUCUCAAGGGACAACUGGCUACCAAGCGAGGAGAUGGUGAAUCACUUGAUGAUUUCAUCAGAAAGUUUAAAAGGACAUGUGAUAAUCUAGCUGUUAUUCGCAAACUUGUUGCUGACCUUGAUAAAGUCUUUCAACUCUCCAGAGUUGUGGGAACUCGUUAUCAGCCUUACAACAUUGCUUUUCUCUCAAAAGCACCAUAUCCUACCUUCAAUCAAUACACUGCAAGCUUACUAAACAAUGAACGAGAUCUUCAGGUUCAGGAACAAGAACAUAAAUCACAAGUAUCUACAUAUACACACGUGUUUAUGGCCCAAAGAGGAAGAGGUCAGAGAGGUCGAGGCUAUGGUGGCAAGUUUGAUCAUGCUUACCAAAGUGAAGAAUUACCUCAAGCACUUGCAACAAUUACUCUGGAAGAUGACAAGGAUCAAACCUUCUAUGCCGACACCGGAGCCAGUGAUCAUAUGACCUCAGGGAUAGCAUUCCUCAAUUACUUGGCAGAGUGUGGCAUUCAACAGCAAGUUUCAUGCCCUGGAACUCCAGAACAAAAUGGAGUUGCAGAAAGGAAACACAGGCAUAUCACUGAGACAGGUUUGACUAUGCUUUUUCAUGCAAACAUGCCACUAAGGUGUUUGGUUGCCGGUGUUUUCCUUAUCUUCGCAACUAUGCAGCUAAUAAACUCCAGCCAAGAUCUAACAAACAUUUCUAAGAAUGUUGAUACAGAUGGGGAACUUUGCAAAUACCCGGAUUCUGAUGGAUGGCUCCAAGCUGUUUCACAUUUACAGCCAUCCAAGGAUAUAGAUGACGUGCCUUCAAUUUCAACACUACCUCAACAAUUCACAGAUCUUACAAGUGAGGAGGAGCACUCUCAACUCGCCAUUGACAAAAUUAGUGCAAUUCCAUCAGUUAAUGAGGAUGAGACAUCACAACAGAGUCAAGGCAAUGGGACAAUAAGGACAACAGAAAAUAAUAACAGUCCUAUGCUUGCUCCCACAGAAGAAAAUCAACGAGAACCAGUACCUGAAGACCAAGGAAACGAAAUUCAAUAUCAAAGAAGCCAAGAACAGUCUAGAAACCCUAAAAGUGAAUCAUUUCACAGAUUGUUGCACAAGAAAGAUGGAAACAGAGCUGAGUGGGAGUAUCCAUUUGCAGUAGCUGGUAUCAACAUUUCUUUUAUGCUGGUUCAGAUGUUGGAUCUUCAAUCGGGAAGGCCAUCUUCUGAUGCAGGAAUCCGGUUUCUAGAACUAAUCAAGGAAGAUCCUCUCACAUUUGACCACUUAUACUGUGUAGCAUUUCAGAUGAUGGAUGCUCAAUGGCUUACAAAACGGGCUUCAUAUAUGGAAUUCAAUGAUGUUCUCAAGUCUACAAGAACAGAGUUAGAGCACGAGCUUGCACUUGAAGACAUCUCUACUGUUAAAGAUUUACCAGCAUAAGUAUGCUGAGGAGGUGACCAUCCGCAAUUUAUAAAGCAUAAAUGUGAUUUUUCUAU